AUGGCUGUUGUUGAUAUUCUGCUUUUUCUUCUCCCGGUGUCUUGGGCUUGUGCUCCACAAAAAGCUGAUUAUGUCAUGGUUUCCUGUUUCCCGAACACCAUCAUUGCGAAUGUGCCCGAGUGCCCAUAUGGGUGGGAAAUAGGGCAGCUGUCCCUGGGUGGUGUGUGCUACACAGGCGUUAAUACCCCUGGCUUCUAUCGCUUUACCAUUCCUGAUCUUACACCCAAGAAUAACUCAUACUGUGGCACCUUUUCUGAGUACAUUGGAGGCAAGGACCCUAAAUACAUCUUCUACAAUUCUAUCGUCUCCAACGACUCUUCACUCACAGUGCGAAACCAGCCGGUAAACUACACCUUUAGCUGCACAUACAAGGCAGCCUACCUGGUCAACAAUGCUGUCUUCAGUCAAAGAGUGGCAACAGUUUAUGUCAACAACGGGAGUUUAGGUUCUUUUAAAUCUCAGUUGUCUAUGAACGUGUUCACAAACUCAAAGUUCCUGUAUGCUAAAGAUGCUCCAUAUAUAAUCGACACAUCAGAAAUUGGCUCCGAGGUUUUUAUUGGCAUUGAGGCAAAAGGACUGAGCAAUAGGUUUAAGGUGGUUAUAGCAAACUGCUGGGCAACACCUACUCCUUAUUCCACAGACAGGAAAAGGUGGAGCUUGAUUAUCAACAGCUGCUCCUCAGAUACCACAGUGACAAUAUUUGAGAAUGCCAAAGACAGCCGUUCUAUGUUCAAGUUCAAUUCAUUCCGCUUUCAACGAUUAGAGAAGGUAUCUACUGUCUGGCUUCACUGUGAGAUUCAGGUGUGUGAUGGUGAGAAGCUCUUCUGUCAGCCGACUCCAUGUACAUCAAAAAGUGCCAAAUCUAACCCAGAUCCAGAUGGAGGCAUCUUAUCAGUGGAGUUUCAAAUGAAAGCUCAACAUUCGUCCAGUUAUUCCCAAUUUGCAGGAGCUGUGUAUUUCUGCAUGCUGUGUGUUAUUCUGCUUUGGAUUGUAUAA